GGGGGUCAAAGAAUCGCACAUAAAGCCACCCAAUAUCCUUACACUACAGAAGUGGUGCUACACAUAAAGCCACUCAACAAUAUACAUUAACAAAUAACAAUACGUAUACUAGUAUAAAUGUAUAAUACUGGGUUGGUCCCUUUCCAUAUCAGAUUCAGUCAUAAGCUGCAGUGGCGGUGGUUAAUCAUCAACAGCUCUGUUUUUCAUGCAGGCGUGGGCAUAAAUGCAGGACCUUUGCCAUUAGUAAACCUUCUGUUCCAGUUUUCCUCAAACACCCAUUUCUCUUUCUUCUUUCUUUCUUUCUUUCUAUUAUGUAUAUUUACUGAUCUGUGAAAUUUUUGUGGGGUUUCUUUCGAUAUCUUGAGGGGGCUGUUUUAAUUGAAGAGAAAGAUUUGGGUUUUUUUUAUUUGAUUCGUCUUCAAGUGGGCAGUGAAGAGCAUAGUACCAAAAGUUGCUCAGAUUCUCUGAAUUGGGUAUCUUUUUUCGCUUCCUACUUUUGGUUGUGUUUUCCUCCGAUUAGGGUUUGGUCAGAAUGAAUCAUGAAAUGAAUGGAGAGGUUAUUUAUGAUACUGAAUCGAUGUUCUUUUUCGUCUGUGCGUAAAUUAACUACUCCCUGAACACUUUUCUGAGCUCUUUAAUGAGUUUUCUUGUCAUUGGAGGAGGCAUCUGUUUGUGUAAAUUUGGGGAUUUGAUUUAAUUUUACGCAUUUCAAUUCCAAUGAUCCUUUCGGGAACUGUCUUGUCUAUGUUUUAACUAUUAAUUUUCUAACCUUUUGUUUUCUUCACUCUCAUAAAUUUCAUCUUUAUUACUUCCGAUUCCUUCGGGUUUUCUCAUGGUACAGUUUCUUUUCUAUCUGCAUUUAAGAAGUUGCUUUGAUUUGGAGCUUUAAUUCAUCUGGGUCUGUUGUCUAUACGCUUCGAGAUUAGGGUUUUUUUUUUCUUCUUUCUUUCUAUCUGGGUGGUCAAGCAUUUUGUGAUUUUGACUUAUUUAUUGCGAUAUAAUGGCUGGGGAGGAUGAGAUUGAAGGGAGAAACAGAGAUGAUGAUGAACAACUGCAUUACAAUUCCACCAAUUUAUCCUCAGAUUGGCCGUUUAACAGUUCCAAUGAUCUUACAAACACAUCGAUGGCCAUGGUUACCUCAAGCAACCCCAUGAACAACAACACUCCGUGUUCUUCAGCUUCCAUGAUCGAUUCCUUUUGCCAUACGCCACCCACCAUUUGGGAUCACAAUCCCACAAAUCCUCAAAACUUAGGAGCUUUCUGCGAUAUGAAUUUACAGAACAAUCCGACCACUUCAUCAUCCUCACUUGGGUUCCGAAAAGGAAAUCUCCACACCCCUUCACGAAACCUCGACAUGUCCUGGCCUCCACCAAAUUCCGCCAUUAAAAGAGGCGGUAUAUUCAUACCACCACCACCAGCUGCUACUUCCACCAUGCUUCCUCACACUUUAUCCCAAUUUCCAGCCGAUUCAGGUUUCAUCGAAAGAGCAGCCAGAUUGUCCUCGUUCAGUGCAGGUAACUUCGAAGACAUGAUAAACCCUUUUGGCAAUGGACCCGAAUCAUCUUUAAGUCCUUAUUCUAGACCAGUUCAAGAAGGUUUUGUAAACGGGUUCAAAUCGACAUCUGGCGAAGGGUCUAAAGACAUUCCACUUCCUGUAGACUGCGAUGGAAGUCAACCCAAGAACGACGCCAGACAGGGCGGUUCUGGUUUUUCCGGCAACAAUCUUCCCGGUGAAGCUGAAUUCAGUGAAGGUGGACAAGAUGAUACUUCAAACGAGGGACUUGGCUCAAAGAAACGAAGAAGAAGUGAUCAGGAUACUGAUUACAACCAAGUCAAAAGAUCCCCACAAACACCUAACGAAUCUACAAAGAACAACACUGAAAUCCAACAAAUGGGUGACAAGAAUCCAAAUUCAAUUGCUAAUAAAUCAAGUGGCAAACAUGGAAAACAAGUAUCUCAAUCAUCCGAUGGACAAAAAGAAGAAUACAUUCAUGUAAGGGCAAGAAGAGGCCAAGCUACCAAUAGCCAUAGUCUUGCAGAAAGAGUAAGAAGGGAGAAAAUUAGCGAAAGAAUGAAGUUUCUUCAAGAUCUUGUCCCUGGAUGUAGCAAGGUCACAGGAAAAGCUGUUAUGUUAGAUGAAAUUAUUAACUAUGUACAGUCGCUACAAAGACAAGUUGAGUUUUUGUCGAUGAAGCUUGCUACAGUUAAUCCUCGAAUGGAUUUUAACCUUGAAGGGCUUAUAGCAAAAGAUAUGCUUGAAUCGCGAGGGGUGCCUUCUGCUACACUUGGUUUUGGUGCUGACAUGGCAAUGGCUUAUAAUCCAUCACAAAUGGCAAUCAUGCAAGGUGGAAUUUCUGGUUUAGGAAGCUCAUCAGAUGCUGUGAGAAGAACAAUUAAUUCCCAUUUAAUGGCCAUUGGUGGAGUAUAUAAAGAUCCUACUUCUCAGGUACCUAGCACGUGGGAUGAUGAGCUGAAUAACAUAGUUCAAAUGGGAUUAAACCCUAGUAGUACUCAAAAUUUAGGAUCAACACCUCCAAGCCAUCUGAAAGCUGAACCCUAAAAGAGAUAUAUUAGGUUUCAAGAAAAGGGUCGUCAUGUAAUUAAUCAGUGGAUAUUCUUUUUGGUUAAUCUCUAUAUAGAAAACAGCAAAAGAAGGUUGAUACAUAUAAAUCAUAUAUAGCAGAUGGGAUUCGAGUUGGUCAUUAGUUGAAAAACAAAAAGAGUUUUUUGCUCAUAUUGUAAAGCAACUGAAAUGCAUAAGUAUCAGCAUGUGUGUGGGGGACGUUUUAUUUUGUCAAAAAAUCUUUGUUUAGUUUUAGUGUGUUGAUGUUUGUAAUCUUCAAUUGUAGUAGAACAGUUUGUUUUUGUUUUUGUUUUUUUGUCAUACUUGAAGAUGUUUUUUUUUUGUUAGUAAAUUGUGACAUCUUUUAGUCAAAGAGUUUAAUAAAGUCGAGAUUUGUGUUAUUAAAGAAGGUGAAAGAGAAAUGGAUUAGUUAGGGGAUAGGGUGUAGGCAUAAUGAUUAUGUGUUUGGAUUCUUUCUUAUGUAUUUUACUAGUUGUA